AUUUCCUUUGUUUCAUUGUCAGGUGUUGAACUCUACCUGUAAAUAAAAGAAACACGUCCGAAAUGUUCUGGAUUGCCUCCCUCUUGUCCAGACAUCUUCAUCUAAUCCUGCAUCACAAUGGGGAAUAUGAACUCCUCAGCAGGCUCUCCUUUAGAGUUCUUCCAAGCUCUCGCAAUGCCCUCUGAGACAGAUCUGGCAGCCCUGGCCAUGUCCUCCGCAAGCUUCGCCAACAGGUCGCAGACACCCUCGCUCAAAAUGGCCGCCAACGCCUCCCUGGGUACCAGCUUGGCAGUGACACAACCCACCGAAUGGGCCGUUUUGAGCAAAGAAAAGUCUUCGGAUGAGAGAGGCGAAGUGGCGAGCCACGACGAGGCCCCGGCCAUUAAUCUUUGCAGCCUGACAUCGCAGCAUUCGUCCAGGGUAUGGCCGUUAGAGCAGAGCUGGCAGGAGAAGGACAGCGGGCUGGAGCCCCAGGCUGCGGCCGAGAGGUCCGGAGAGGAGCUGAGUCAAGCCUUGCUGGGCCUGAUGGAGCGUCACCGCACCAUGCUGGGCCUCAACCUCACCACGGAUGCCACCACGGAAGCUGUAGAACUGCUCAGACAUCUGAUAACAGAGAGAGACAAACUGGCUGAGGACGUGAACAUCCUGCAGGAGACUCUAAAGAAUGAGAAGUCAGAGUGGGAGCAAUUCCAGUUGGACCUGCUGGCGACUGUUUCCGCGGCUGAGCGGAUGCGGACGGAAUCGGAGCAGGCCCUCAUCGAGCUCCAGGAGGACCGCAGAUGUUUGCAGCAGCAGCUGGCCCAGACCCACGAAAAACUGCUAGAGACUCAGCGGGAGCUGCAACGUCUACGCUCCAAACACACGGACAAGUCAUUUCAACUGUCCUCACUGGAAAAAAAGCAGGAGAAAAUGGAUGGAAGGUUCACAGAAGACAAAAGCAACCCUGCAGGGCGACAUGAGAUGAAAAUGAGCAAUUUUAUGGAGAAGGUUGAUGUGGGAAGUGUGAAAAAACAAGAGGAGCAUGAAGCUUCUGAUGAGAAGGACGCCCAAAAGUCAGCAAGCACGCAGCUGACAGCAAGGGGUAGAGGAAAGGCGUACGUGGAUGCUCUGCAGAAAAAAAAUGGAGGUGCGAGUGAUCCAAAGAAGACCUUGGUGUCAUCUGAAAGGAAUGUGCCCCGUCUCCAAUUGCCUCUUGACUCUCAUAACAAUAACUCGAUUAAAACAAGAUCCAGAUUGCCAUCACCAAAGAAAGAAGAGCCAACGCGAGGGAGGAAGCUGGCUCAUGUUUUAAAGCGACAGGACAACUUGUCAGGUUGUCAGACAGUGUUAGUGGAGACUGUUGGAGAUUCAGAGACUUCAUCCAAAGCAGAUGUCCUCUCCUAUCCGUCCAAACUUCAAAGGGAAGCCGCGUACACAAAGCCACUUCUGGGAAAACAGGAAGAAAACCCACCCGCAGAUGUUGUUAUCAAACCUCCGGAAUCGACACGCGCUCCCCCGCGACGUCACAGCAGCACAAGACAGGUCUUGUUGAACCAAUGUCAAAGUCGCACCAGAGGCUAUCAGUACAUUGAGAUCACAAACUUCAGCACUUGUUGGGUGGACGGUUUGGCCUUCUGUGCUUUGUAUCAUAACUAUCUGCCUUCUCGUAUCCCUUACAACAGUCUCAACCCGGCGGAAAAGAAAGAAAAUUUAAAUCUUGCUUUUCGGACAGGAGAGUCCAUUGGGAUCAAAGCUACUCUGUCGGUGGACGAGAUGCUGACGGAUGAAGGUCCAGACUGGCAUAAAGUACUACGUUAUGUCGAAAGCAUAUUUCAUCACUUUGAGAUGGAGGUAGCCACUACCCAAAGUGUCGACUGUGUGACUGUAACAUGACUUGGCGAUUAUUUUUUACGCUCCGUGUUGCCUUGCAAGUCCCCAGUAGUAGUUUCUCUAACGGCGUUGCUCACGCUGGAUAAGAUAAGCAAGCUGGUUUGUUGCACUGACUGCACAACCAUAUAGUUUUUUUUUUUUUUUUUAUGAUAAAGCCAUAAAUCUAACAGAACUUUGGUGGGCUUUGAACUACUGGUUUGCACUGAAUUUCUUUUUGAGGAAAAUUAGCACUUUAAAGGUGACUAUAGGGAGACUAGCAUUAUUUAUCUUGGCCGUUAAGCCUCAUCAUGUUUGUUUGUAAUGGUCACAUUCAUUGCCUGCCAAAUUUAGACAUAAACUGAAUAUUGUUUUUAAUCCUAUUUGUCUGAGGAACAUGUUAGGCAAAUGGGUCAGUGUUUUUUUUUUUUAAGUUGUCAAG